AUGAAGAAGAUAUCAGACCUUCCGGGAGAUUUGUUAUUAGAAGCGGUACUCUGUCGUGUACUAGCCACACAUCUACAACGGUUACGAUCUACUUGCAAACGAUGGAACCAUUUAUUCACAAAAAAACACUACGAUAAAGCCGCAAGGCAGUUUCUACUUCUUAACUUGAUGGAGCAUAGGGUUUUUUCGAUGAGCGUCAAUCUCGAAGAAAAUCCAUCUUUAGAAGUAGAAGGUAAGCUUAGAAUAAAAGAUUCCCAUUCGAAUUCAGCUCAAAUCGAAAUAAUGGAAGUCUCUUCCUGCGACGGCUUGUUACUAUGCACCAUCAAAAACGACGUCAGUAGAAUCGUUGUUUGUAAUCCUUGUACUGGUCAAACCAAGUGGAUCCAACCCAGAGAUCGUUGCAAGGAAGGGGAAUUGUUCAGCACCUAUAGUCUUGGAUCCUACCAAAACAAUAAAUCCCUCAAUACUUGCUACAAAGUAUUGAGAAACAUUUGUUGUUAUUCAGUCGCAGAAUUCGAAAUAUGUGAUAUUAACUCUAGUUCAUGGAGGACGAUUGACGCUCCUGGCUGCCGCUUAUCUGACUUCAAAAGUGUGUCUUUCAAGGGGAAGGCUUACUGGUUUGGUACAGACAGAAACAAGGAACACGUGUUCUUGGUCAGUUUUGAUUAUACAAGAGAAAGAUUUGAACGUCUGUCUCUUGAUCCGUGUCAGUUUCCUAAUGGUUAUAUCCCAGAAAAUAUGGCUCUGUCCGCUGUUAGGGAAGAGAAACUUUCCAUGUUACUAAAACGCCCACAGGCAUUGGAGUACGAGAUUUGGGUAACAAAUAAGAUUGAUGAUGAUGAGACCAAAGUGAUGUCGUGGAUCAAGAUCUUUACAGUGGAUUACCCUGAGCGUAGCACGAUUUCGAGUUUUUCUUUGGUCGACGAGGAGAAGAAAACCGUCCUCAUGUGUUGUGUGAAAUGCAACCAGCCCGGGUAA